AUCAAAGUCAUUGUUUUAGCUAAUGCAGAAGAUAAGAAAUCGAGAGUCCGGUUAUUUGCACCAGUACCAUCCGCCGGCACUGGGGUCAUGGCAAUUAACGUGAUGGGGGCUCUUGUGUUGCAUCAUAAGUAACACGGUCAUAUAUUUUUUUAAACGUUCAUUGUCCUUAUUAAAUUCUGGGGGGAAAUGGAGGAUGCGAUAGCGCGAAGUGGGGCCGUAGAAUCUGGGAGAGUGCGACUACAGAGCGAUGUCAUCGAAGAGAUUCCAGAAGAUGAAGAAAUAACGAGCAAGACGAGUAGCCGACCCAAACUUUCCAAUCCACGGUUGCUUGGUAGGAAACGCUCAGAGCAAAGAGAUGCAGCUGCACCGGGUGAUCGGCAGACACGAAGUGCCACACCCGCUAAACAGGAUGAGGGCAAACUGACUGGUAAUGCACGCAAGAGACGUGGAAGCAUCAACUUACAAGUUCGUCGCCCGAGUACACAACCAGAGUUUUCCACCAUCACUAACCAACAGAGACGGAUGAGUGUGCGACGAAACAGCACUUUGCCUGCCCCACCCAAACCAGCGUUCAUGUCAGCUGCCCAACAGACUCGUCGAGCUAGCACUGCACCAAAAACGAAAGAACCCGAGCCCGCCCUCACAAACGAACAGAAAGAAGCUUUCAAGGAAGCAUUUGACCUUUUUGACAGUAACGGUGGUGGCACCAUAGACGCGGAAGAGUUAACCGAAGCUUUGAGUUCUGUAGAUAUUCAUCUUUCUGUGGAUGAGAUUAAGGAAGUUCUGCAAGCAAUAGAUAAGGAUGGUAGUGGUGAAAUUGACUUUGAAGAAUUCUUGAACAUGAUGACCAAUACAGAAAAGUUUCUGGAAAUGUUUGCCUCGAAGCACGAAGAGGGUUCCGUGCUGGGGUCACCAGCAGCUGGUAGAGGACACAUUCUCUUUGAUGCACUCACACAAUUCAUGAGGUCAUCUGCUCUUAAAGCCAUGGAUGAAAUUGUUGGGUAUUACAAAAACAAGUACCGGCGUGUGAAUGCGCCGCACGUGGUCAUGCACUAUGCGGCCGGAGCUAGACUGAUUGGACUGACUGAGAAGCAAUUGGCGAGGCAUCUAGAGAAGCUACAGGCUAGUAACCAAGGAAACGAUUUGAAGAGCCCGUACGCUCAACCUCUUCGCAUUUUCUUGCUCGGACCCAAUGUCAAAACCGUGAAGAAGAAAGAGCCGGAAGGCAAUGACAAGGAGCGUCGUCGCUGUACUGGCAAAAUAAGAUUAACUGUACAUCUCCCGCCCUCUACCGACGCCAUUGCCCAGAAAACAGAAGACAGUGAAGGCCAGAGCAAGACUGUGCGCAACUCAAAGAACACAAACACGCACAUGAAGCCUGUCUUCCAACCCCGUCUUGGUUGGGUCAAGACUCACGUCAAGAGUAUUGCUGCCAGGCUACCUCAGAGGAAAUCUGUACUGACCAUGGAGGACUUUGCAUCUAUAAGGAAACGGAUAACGGAUGCAACAAGGGAUCACUACCAUGACCUAGCGCGGAGCAGGGCUGUCGAGAACCAGCGAUACUGGCGCUCGCUCCAACCACAGUUUAUCCCAUCUGAGACUCUGCGGACCAACUUCAGAAAAGUGUUCUGUGCGUACAUCGCAGCCGGGCAACGAAAAAUUUAAAUAUCCUCUCAGGAAAAAAGGUUGCUUCUUUAUUAUAUCUUUAACAGCGAACAUAAAGAGACGUUAAUUCCAAUUUGAUCAUUAUAAAUAAAGAUAUUUUCAGAAAUCUUUCAUGUUACAAAAGCUUCUGUGGACACUAUUUUUUUUUAGAAUAAAGAUUAUUAAAAUUAACCAUUCUAAAUCGUUCUUAUUGAUAACACCAACAGCUGACGUCAAUUCAUGAACAUUUUGUUAUAUGAUUUGGAAUAAAAUCAGUUUCAUUUUGAGAAUCCACCUUCGAAAACAUUUCGAAGUGGUAAACAAAAUUCGCAAGAUAGAAAAAAAAACUAUCGGAACUCCGAGGUUGGAGAUGGGUAAGCAACUGUUUGGCUUUUUUAUAGUUUUUUUUAAUUGAACGUAAGAAAGGUUCUUGUAAUCCCAAAAUUCGUUCUUAAACAAUAAUUGUAGGAAUGUUAUGGACGCAGUGCACCGAUAUAGACUUUAUUAGAUGGACAUACUGCCGCCAAAACUAAUCAAGAUUUAUUUGACAUUCAUCCCCGAAAGGACUAUCGUUCAAUAUGGAUUGAUGUUGUUAUAAAUAAUGAAAAUAUACGACCACGCUUAGAAUGUUUGUCAUUGAAACGCCAAUAAGCGAGUUUAUCAUC